AUGGCUAGUGUUUCAAGCAGAACUCGAAGCAAGAAUGUUCCAUUGUUCCGUUGUCUUCCACUGAAAUCGAAGCGGCUAAGAAAGAGUGAUGAAGAUGAUAUGGGUUUGGAUCACUAUGUUUCUCGUUGUAAGAAAAUGAAGGUAAAAAGAGAAACUUUUGUUCUUCCUAAGAAUGUUAAAGUUAUUUCCAUUGAUGAUGAUGUGGGGAUGUUUGAUGCUAAAGAUGGAAGCUUUGUUGAGAAAAAAUGUGGUUUGGAUGAAGAUAAUCCGAUUUCAAUAGGUUCUGAUGAGUAUGAUGAGAGUGAUGAAGAACAUUCUGUUGCUUUUGGCGGUGAUAAUGAAGAAGAAGAAGAAGAAGAAAAAGAAGUUGUUGAUGUUAAAGAGGAAGUAAAGACUGAUGAAAGUAAAGGAAAUGGUGAGUUUGAUGAUAAAGAUAAAAACUUUGUUGAUUUGGAUGAUUCUGCAGAGAGUGGUGAUGAUUCUGAUUCUGUUACUGAUGAGAGCGAGGAUGAUGAUGAUUCUGAAGAUGAAGAUUUUGAUGUUGAUAAGGAGGAGGAGAAGGAGAAGAAAAAAGGCGGUAGAAAAUACUUGAAUGUGGUCGAGGAUUUGGUUAGAGAGGUGAUGGAUAAACAAAGUGGAAUUUCUGGAUUGAAUGAUGAGGAGAUAAACGUUGAAAAUAGUCCAUCUUCCACAAAGAAUGAGGAGAUGAAGGAUAAAAGUCCUUCUGUAAACAAUGGUGAAAUGGAGCAUUCAGAUUAUGGUGAGGAGAUGAGCGAUAAAAAUCCUUCUGUAAACAAUGAUGAAGUUGAGCAUUCAGAUUAUGGUAGUGUAGCAAUUUCUAAUGCCUUUGAGAAGAAGAAGGAUUCUUUUGUACACACUGAUGAAGUGGAGCAUUCAGAUCGAAUAAAGGGUUCUUCUUCUUCUUCAAACCAGAAGGAAAUAUCAGAUAUACAAAGGGCAGUGCAAAAUGUCUCUGAUGAUGAUGUAAAUGUUAGUAAAGCAAAAGAAAGUGUGAAUCUUCAUGAUGAUCUUGAUGUUGUAAAUUAUGACGAUGUAAAUGUUGGCAAAACCAAAGAAAGUGUGAAUGUUCGUGAUGAUUUUGAUGUUGUAAAUGUUACCAAAGCCAAAGAGAGUGUGAAUCUUUGCGGUGAUAUUGAUGUUGCAAAAAUCAAAGUCAAAGUUGAAGAGAAUGCAGACCCUAAUGAAUGUGUGAAGGUUGCUGAUUCUUAUAAAGGGAAGGAAAAAUAUUUCGGAGGUUUAGAUGUUGAAGGAGUUUCUUUGGUUGAAACAAAGGAAGAAGAGAUGAAGAAUGAAUCAGUUGUGUUCGAGUUCAAGUAUGACGCCUUUGAUCGACGAGAUAGGCAGCCACCACCGGUUAUUGUGGAGACACCCCCAUCGAUAUGGAGCUUUAAAAAGGUGGGAAAAGUGCCAAAGACCAAGGAGGAUGAGGAGGAGGAAGUGUUAUGGGAUGAAAUGGAGAUGGCCCUAAGAGAAUCAAAAGCUGUAUACAAGAAUGAAGCAUCAGAGGCGAAAAAAGCAAAAAGUGUAAAUUUUACCAAAGCCAAAUUCAAAUCCAAUGUCAAAUACAAUGCCAAACCUAACGACAGUGUGAAUGUUGCUGACUUUGAUAAGGGAAAGAAAAAAUAUGUCGCAGGUUUAGGUGUUGGAGGAGUUUUAUCGGCCCAAACAAAGCAAGAAAAGAUGAAGGAAUCAGAGAAACAGAAAAUAAUGGAGAACAAAGGAAGGGACUAUAAAGGUAUAACUAACAUCCCUAUUGAGAAGAACGAAUCGGAUAAAGAGAAAAUGAUGGAGAACAACGAAAGGGACUAUGAAGGUAUAGCUAAUAUCCCUAUUGAGAAGAAGGAAUCUAUUGAUAACCAUGGUUUGAAUCAAAGCGUCAAAAACCCACAUUUUAUGCCAAAGGAGUUGCGUUCACUCGAACUCCUUGCUCAAUGCUAUUGGGAAAGAAAGAAUACCAUGAACAAAGAUUCAAUUGUGCUGGAGGUCAAUGAGGAUUGCGUUGAUCGGCAAGAUACACAGCCACCACCAGUUUCUGUGGACACACCUCAUGAACGGAUAUGGAGCCUCAAAAAGGCGGAAAAAGUUGAAAAGACUAAGGAGGAGGAAGAGAAUGAAGUGAUAUGGGAUGAAUUGGAAACAGCCCUUAGAGAAUCAGAAGCUGUAUCCAAGAUUGGAAAUUUAGAGACAGAUGAAGCUAGUGGAAGUCCAUCAUGUUGUAGUGAACACAACAUUUUUCUAGAUGAAGAGAUCGGUGAAUUUUGCAAAUCAUGUGGCGUGGUUAUUACUGAGAUCAAAUAUAUCUCACCACUAGUGAUUGAUAGAUUUCUCGGUGAAGGUUCAGGAAAAAAGGCAUCAUUUGAUGGAGUAAAUGUUUCACAUGUUGAUGGAUCUCAGUUAAAUGUUUCUGAUAAUGAUUCGAAGACUAAUUUCUCUCGCAAUGAAGGCACAGUUUGGGACCUAAUUCCAGAUUUGAAACAAACUUUAUAUCCUCAUCAAAUAGAAGGCUUUGAAUUCAUUUGGAAAAACUUGGCAGGACACACUGAGCUUCAAAAGUUAAAGAAUGACGAUCUUUGCAGCGAAGGUGGAUGUAUCAUUUCUCAUGCUCCUGGAACCGGAAAGACAAGGCUGACCAUGGUGUUUCUCAAGGCAUAUUUGAAAGCCUUUCCCAAAUGCUUGCCAAUUAUUGUCGCUCCUGCUAGUAUACUACUAACUUGGGAGGAUGAAUUCAAGAAAUGGGACAUCGGAGUUCCAUUUCACAAUUUAAGCAAUCCCGAGUUAUCCGGUAAAGAGCAUCCUGAUGCGGUUGAAACGUUUGAUAUGUCUAAUACACAGCAUGAUGUUCAUGAAACGCGGAUGGCAAAACUGAUUUCGUGGUUCAAAGAAGCAAGCAUUCUUGGAAUCAGCUACAAUUUGUUUGGGAAAAAAUGCCAAGAUAAGAAAAAGCACGAAAAUGUGAAGGAGAGAGAAGGAAACUGUGAUAUGCGAAAGGUUCUACUUAAUUCUCCUGGUUUGAUAGUUCUAGACGAAGGACACACGCCAAGAAAUCAAAGAAGUCAUAUUUGGAAGGUGUUUUCGAAGCUUCAAACGCAGAAGCGUAUCAUCCUUUCCGGAACUCCAUUCCAGAACAACUUCUGGGAGCUUUACAGCACCUUAAGCUUGGUGAAACCUUCUUUUCCUAACACGAUACCGCCUGAGCUUAAAAGUUUUUGCCAAAAUCAGGGAUAUAAAUCAUCUAAAAAGUGCAAUUGGGAACCAGUGUUGCUCAACAAAACAAGAGACCCUUCUGAUGAUCAGAUCAAGAAGUUUAAAUUGCUAAUGGAUCCCUUUGUGCAUGUGCACAAAGGCGCAAUCCUUGAAAGUAAGCUUCCCGGGUUAAGGGACUGUUUGGUGACUUUGAAGGCUGGUAGUUUGCAGAAUGAAAUUCUGAAGAGCAUUAAACGUUCUCAAAACACAAUAUUUAACUUUGAACGUAAGGUAGCAUUGACAUCCGUCCAUCCAUCGCUUUUCCUUGAAUGUGCUCUUUCAGAAGAAGAAAAAUCUGCUCUCGACAAGGAUCAUCUGGAAAAGAUUAGACUGAACCCACAUGAAGGUGUCAAAACAAAAUUUUUGUUCGAGUUUGUUCGGCUAUGUGAUGCUUUUCACGAGAAAGUUCUUGUGUUCAGCCAAUUCCGUGCUCCUUUACAGUUAAUUAAAGACCAAUUAAACUCGGCUUUUAAAUGGACUGAGGGAAAGGAAGUGCUGGUCAUGUCUGGCGAGGAUCCUCCAAAGGUCAAGCAAUCCGUAAUCCACAGCUUCAACGAUGAAAAUUGCCAAGCAAAGGUUCUACUUGCAUCUACAAAAGCUUGUUCCGAGGGAAUUAGCUUAGUUGGAGCUUCAAGGGUUGUACUUCUGGAUGUUGUGUGGAAUCCUUCAGUCGAAAGACAAGCUAUCAGCCGAGCGUAUAGGAUUGGUCAGAAGAAAGUGGUAUACACAUACCAUCUGCUCGCUGAAGGGACUACCGAGGAAGAAAAAUAUGGUAAACAGGCCGAAAAAGACCGGUUAUCUGAGCUCGUUUUUUCAGCAAAAAAUGCCGCCAAUAAUGAUGGUAAGUCCAAGAGCUCUGCUGUGAACUUCGAAGAUAGAGUUCUUGAUGAGAUGACUAAGCAUGAAAAGCUCAAAGGCAUAUUUGUUAAGUGCGUAGUAUUGAGGAAAGAGCGAGAUGUGGUCUGAGAGUUUUAGCCGUGGAUCCAAUGUCGUGCUUGGAUACAUUUCUGUGUUUGCAUUGCAAGAAUAUCAAUCAAAUUUUCAAUCAAUUAAGUUUCUGUGUAUAGACCAAGGACUCAAAUUUUUAAUGCAGGCAUAUUAAAUUGUUAAGUAAAGCAAUUUCUUUUCUAGUACUUACAACUUAGGAUAUAUAUUACUAUCUGUUAUGUAAUGUAAUUCCUUUGCUAACUUUCUAUUUUCUUUGUCAUUAUUAGUACUAAGCAAUUUGCAUCAUCAAUGAAUUAUAGUUUUCACCUA